AUGGACACAUUAUAUGGAAUGGAAAUGGAAACCUCCAGUCCAAGAAACCUCCCCUCUAUAGGAUCAUUUGUAGACAGUCUGAUAACCGAGCUGAUCAGCUUUCAAUCAGACAAUGUCGCACAGACGGAGAAUCAACAGAAUCCCCUUUCCGGCCUCUCAACCUCCCAACUAGCCAAAGUUAAGCCUAUAAUGCUCACACUACAUUGCAUCUUUCCAAAUGACUUCCUGCCAGCAAUGGACAUAUUGGAUCGAAAGCUUGUGCAGCGAAUGGUGCGUAGCGACAGAGCACCCAUCAGCCACAACAUAAACACAGAACAGAAAUGCUCCAAUGGGAUCCCUGAAGACAUAAUCUUCGUCAGAUCAGCUUCAGCCACUGCAGCACCUACCCAGGAACCAGACAAAGGCUAUGAAGUCCGCCUGCAGGCAUGGAACUGCACAUGCCCCACAUUUGCACUAUCGGCAUUUCGAGAUCUAGUAAGACUGGAGAUGAACUAUUCCCCUGAAACAAUGUCUUAUGGGCAGGACGAGCCUGGUCUUUAUCCAUUUGGUGGGUCUCUGACAUGUACUACGGAUAAGAGGGUGCCACCAGCUUGCAAGCAUAUAUUAGCUUGUGUGCUCUUCGUGCGAUGCCCCGGGUUGUUUGGGGGUGGAGGGGAUGGUAUCCGCCAUGUUUCCAUGGAGGAGCUAGCUGGUUGGUGUGCGGGUUGGGCUGGUUGA